AGAAUCAAUCUUAAUUCUUCUUCUUCCUCCUCUUCCUCUUCUUCUUCGAUGAUGAUGACAUGGCGUCGCGGUGUCGAAAAAGGAGCAAUCUUCUCAUCAUUGAUGGUGUUAUUUGUGUUAUUAAGAUCAGGAGAUGCCCGUCAACCUUCAUCCAAUGAAGCUCCAAGAAUGAAUAAUGCUUCCUUCAAUAAUAAUGGCGCCUUCUUUCAUUGUGCUGACGACGGAAUUGAUAAUCUAUCGUUGGACUCGAUAAGGAAGACGUUAAUUGGGCUUGAAGAUACCAUUAUUUACAGCUUGAUUGAAAGGGCUAAAUUACCUUUGAAUUCUCCUGCUUAUGAUUCUUCUCAUUUUCCUGGUUUUCAUGGCUCUUUGAUGGAACUCCUUGUUAAGGGUACUGAAUCUGUUCAAGCCCAGGGUGGCAGAUACCGAAGUCCAGAAGAAGUUCCCUUCUUUCCUGAUCACUUACCACCUCCAUUAGUACACCGCCCUUUAAAUUGUUCACAGGAUUUGCCUCCUGCUGCAGCAUCUGUCAAUGUAAGCAAGAAAAUUUGGGACUUUUAUGUUAACCAAUUUCUACCUCUACUGGCUGCUAAGGGUGAUGAUGGAAAUUAUGCUUUAGGUGUGGCUUCUGAUCUAGCGUGUUUGCAGGUGUUAUCUAGGAGAAUACAUUUUGGAAAAUAUGUAGCUGAAGUAAAGUUCAGAAGUGAGACUGAAGCAUACAGUGCUGCCAUUCGCGAAAAAGACAAAGAUACUCUUAUGAACCUAUUGACAGAUAGUAAAGUGGAAGCAAUGGUGAAGCAAAGAAUUGAGAAGAAAGCCAAGGUUUUCGGGCAGGAAGUAACCCUCAAUGACACAAGUAAUUCCAAUGACUACAAGGUUGAUCCUUCAUUGGUCUCUCGUCUUUAUGAUGAAUGGGUGAUUCCUCUAACUAAAGAUGUUGAAGUUGAAUACCUUCUCCGGCGUCUAGAUUGACAUUUGAAUUUGUAUUUAGCUUUGUUCAACUGAGAAUGAUGGGAUCGAUAACUUGGACUAAUAAUGAAGUUAACAUUCUCAAAAGCAAUCUUUCAUUUGGUAAAUUACUAAAUUUAUUAUUGAUGUACUCCAUUGAAUUACUAAUAUAUAUAAGUAAUCGUAUAUAACUAUUGUGUCUUUGAAGAAGAAUAAUGCUAGAUAUGCUCCUCUUGCUGUUUCUAUGCUC